AAUUGAAAUAUGCAGAAACCCCCAAUGUCUAGAGUCUACAAAUGAAAUCCCCCUUGGUUUUCAUUGGACGAGCGCAGCCAGAGAUGGCAUGACCCACUAAUUUGCGAGAAUUCGAAUAGUUACCAAACGCAAUGGCGGAGUGAAAUGCGUGAGACCUAUAAAAUCUCAGCGGUUCGUAACGGCAGAGGAUUUUCCCCUCAGGAACAGAGAGAGCCAGAGGGGAAGCUUGCCAAAGAAUCCCUCUCCUCUCCACCUCCACCUCCAUCUCCAUCUCCAUCUUUUCUCAGGUCCUCCUCCAACAAACCCAUCCCAUCCCACGUCCCAUCCCUCAAAAGGACCGAACCAAAUGCAUUAACAAUCAGCAUCCACAUUAACAGUCGGCCAUACAAACCAAAGAUUACCAAAAGGCGAGAGAGAAAGACAGACCUGGGGAUCAAACGAUACAAUGAUGGGGGACGGGACCAAGGCGAUGCUCGCCAAACCGAUCCAGUUAGCGGACCAGGUCACCAAGUUUGCCGACGAGGCGCACAACUUUCGUCAAGAGUGUUUGGAUCUGAAGCCCAAGACCGAACGCCUCUCCGCGCUGUUACGCCAGGCUGCGCGCUCUGACCUCUAUGAGCGUCCCGCACGCCGCAUCACGGACGACACCGAGCAAGCGCUCGACAAGGCGUUGUCCCUCGUGCUCAAGUGCCGGCCGCACGGCCUCCUUCGCCGGGUGCUAACUAUCAUCCCCGCUGCCGCGUUCAAGCGCGUGCACACCUCGCUCGAUAACUCGAUCGCGGAUCUCUCUUGGCUCCUUCGAGUCUCGUCCACGUCCCACUCGGACGAGGACGAUGACGACAUCCAUCUUGGGCUCCCACCCAUCGCGCAAAACGAACCCAUUCUUUUCCUAAUCUGGGAACAAAUCGCGGCGCUGCAGACCGGCGGGUCGCUCGAGGCGCGCGCGGACGCAGCCGCGUCGCUCGCUUCGCUCGCUCGCGACAAUGAUCGGUACGGCAAGCUCAUUGUUGAGGAGGAUGGUAUCUACCCGUUGCUCCGGCUCGUCAAAGAGGGCCGCAUGGAGGGUCAGGAGAAUGCGGCGAGAGCCAUCGGACUUCUGGCGCGAGACCUCGAGAGCAUCGAUCGAAUGGUCCAGGCCGGCGUUUGCUCCGCCUUCGCAAAGGUCCUCAAGGAUGCGCCCAUGAAUGUCCAGGCCACGGUUGCCUGGGCCGUCUCGGAGCUCGCCGGAAACUGCCCUAAUUCGCAGGAUGUCUUCGCGCAGAACAACGUCGUGCGGUUUCUCGUCGGUCAUCUCGCCUUCGAGACCGUGCAGGAGCACAGCAAGUACACGAUCCAGUCAAAGGUGAACUCCAUCCACUCCGCCGUGCUCGCCAACAAGGACACCAGCAGCGGGAAACCACCUCACAUUCCUGAUGACUCGCUGGAGAGUGGGAACCACGGCCACGUGGUAGCCCGGCCGACGACGGCAGCGAAGCCCUCGAGAUCCAACAAUGGCUCCCUCUCCGGAGCGAGCAUCAGAGGAAGGGAAUACGAGGAGCCAGCUACAAAGAACUACAUGAAAGCCAUGGCCGCCAGAGCCCUCUCGCAGCUGUCCAAAGGCAACCUCGCCAUCUCCAAGAGCAUCACCGAAUCCAAAGCCCUUCUCUGCUUCGCUGUCUUGUUAGAAAAAGGGACAGAAGAUGUGCGUUACAACUGUGCCUUGGCGUUGAUGGAAAUCACCAAGGUCGCAGAGCAGGACGCCGACCUCCGCCGAUCCGCAUUCAAGCCCACAACCCCGGCAGCGAAGGCAGUAGUAGACCAAUUGCUGAGAAUCAUUCUCUCCGAGAAACCAGAGCACGACGAGCUCCUCGUCCCUUGCAUUGUAGCACUCGGAUGCUUAUCAAGAACAUUCAGAGCAACGGAGACAAGGAUCAUCGGGCCACUGGUGGGUUUCCUGGACGACAGAGAAGAGGUGGUGAUCAAGGAAGCGGCGGUGGCGCUGACCAAGUUCGCGUGCACUGAGAACUAUCUCCACCAUGAUCACUCCAAGGCCAUCCUCAAGGCCGGAGGAGCAAAGCACCUCAUCCAGCAUGUGUACUUCGGAGAGCAAGGUGUUCAAAUGGCGGCACUCAUCUUGCUCUGCUACAUUGCACUCCAUGUGCCGGAUAGCGAGGAGCUCGCUCAGGCAGAGGUGCUCACCGUGCUGGAAUGGGCUUCCAAGCAGGCGUUCAUGGUGCAAGAUCCAAAGGUGGAGGAGCUCCUGCAUGAAUCCAAGGGAAGGUUGGAGCUUUACCAGUCCAGAGGUUCUAGAGGAUUAUAUUGAUUGGAUUAUACUUAACAAAACACCAUUCCAUUUUUUGCAACUUCAUAGUUUUCCAGAUUGUUUGUGUGUAUAUACUAUAUAUAAUAAUAAUAAUA